AUGGAGCUGCGCGGACGUGCGAAGCUAACGAAGCUGCUUCUUCUUGCUGCACUUGUCCUGUUCUCUGGGUACGAGCUGUGCUUCACGACUUUUACAGGGACGCGGCGAGACUGCGUGCAGUCUACAGCCUGGAGAUCCGGCGUGCUUACAGGUAGCACGGUGAGCUCGACCUUGAGUGGCGAGGAACACGACAUGUGGGCUGCCACGUUGCGCGGGAGUGAAAACUGGAGUGAAACAGCCUUCGGUGAAGGGCGACAGAAGCUGAAGGCGUACUACAUCAACACGGACUUAGAUGAUGGGCGAAGGAGCGGUCUGGAGAGUACGUGUGCCCAGCUGGAUUUGGAUUGUGAGCGUGUGACGCCUCCGAAGCUAAGCAGUGAAGAAGUCUUGAAUUGCGUCGACAGCACGCCUCUGCGAUCAUUUGAGUGUUCCUUGGUGUUCGCACACCGCGGCAUCCUGAAGCAGAUAAGCUCUGGAAAUGCGGAAGCUCUCGUCCUGGAAGACGAUGCCAGGCUGAAUGGCGAUGUAGCUGCAGAGUCUGCCAAGGAGAUGCUUCAGUCUGCAAGAGAACGUGACUUCGCGAUGGCCGGAUGGUGCGAUCCAUCCUGCGCACACGCCUACCUCGUGUCUCCAGGUGGAGCCAAGAUGCUUCUCGGCCGGGGUUUUGCACGUCCGGAGCUGCCAGCGGACUCGAUGUUUCCGGCGACUUGCCUCUACCAGUCGUGUUGGGCACCCAUGGUCCAUCAUGCUCCCAGAAGUUUCCUUGCGGCACAGCAAGGAGUGUCUGUGCUUCUGCAACUCGGUUCCAAGCUGGUGAACGUCGGCAGGAUGUCCUCUUCCCUCGUCGCUGUCCUGAUGGGUAUCCGGGAGAUUUUGGCUUGUUCUGCCAAGAUCGCGCCACUCCUCACUGCAAGUCUUAUUCGUGCUCCGGAAGCAUUGAUCUGUGAGGAUCAAAGCCACGACAGGGAACAGACGGACUCCGUUGUAGUUGACGAGGUGAAGGUGAAAGCACUCCAGACGGGAAGUGCUCAGCUUCGAAAGACCGAUGAGAAGAACCAGGAGCCGCCACCUCCCGUUGCGACCUCGAGCCGGAACUCUCUGCUGAAGGCAGUGAGCAGCCCUCAGGCCUGCUGUGCGGCGCUGGCCGGCCUGCAGCAGAACCAGGCGAUUGCCAAGCCAGCUACCGAGAUUAUGCGACCGCUGGUUUUCUCCAUCAUCCAAGAGUCUGAGGAGUUCUCGAGGAUGAUUGACACCAAGAAGGAGGACAUUGUCGUUGCCUUCAUGGAGCAAUGCAGAGAGGGUGUAAGAGAUGCCCCUGGCCGAGAUUUCCAUCGAGACGUGAAUGGACUUUCGGCUCCACCCUUGGAGCUGCGGAUGCGCGAGAUUGAGGAAACCUCAGUUCGAGUCUUCGAGACACUGGCAAAACGUGCGGAACUGCUGGUGGAUUCAUUGACAAAGUCACCACCGGAGUUUUGGAAGGUUUGGACAACCUUCUACCCAGCACUUGCGGAUUUUUCAGAGUCCAGCCCGAUCUUCGAGAGUGCUUUGUACUUUUUCAGGAGGCUGGGUGAACUCAUGCGCGAGCAAGAUGCCCAGCUGACCCAGCAAAUGAUGACGGAUGUUGCGCUGGCUUCACUGGCCAAGGAAUUGGCACGAUCUCCCGAGAAGCGAGAUCUGUUGUGCGAUGUAGUUUAUGCCUUCGUUCAAGAGGACACUCUGAACCACAUCCUGACAUUGCGUGCACUGAAAGAGAAGGUGGGCGACGACCUAGCAGUGUAUGUGCCAUGCCUGGCCAGCUUGAUCAAUCUAGAUGGUCAAGCUGGUCUUCUGGACGAGCAUCUUCUGGACUUGUACAUAUACUAUGCUUUAAUGGCGAUACAAAGCCCUAAGCCCAGGGUUCGGGUGGCCGGCCUGGCGAUCAUUUGCAGCGUCACAGGGUGGUCUUCACAGCAUCAGCCGGUCGUGGCUCUGCUGCAGCACUUUUCUGCUCUCGCCAACGAUGAGUGGUGGGAGGUGCAGGCCCAGCUGCUGCGAUUGUCGGCCAAGCUGCUGGGUAAGCUCUCCACCGAGCGGGGCCAAACCGUGGUUGGAGCAGAAGAUGAUGGCAGCGCAAGUGGUGCCAGCAGACUCGAAGAAGGUGCAGAGGCAAGUGUGGAUGUCGUCAUCGAAGAGAUCCUGUCCAUCGUCAGCCGUCUUUUUGUUGUUAGCAACUCCAAGAACGUGCUGCAGGUUGGAUUAUCUGCUCUUGUGCAUGUGCUGCCUGACUAUCCGAAUCUGCUCCCAGUGUUUGCAGGUGCCCCAGUUCUGGGUUUCCUAGGUUGGCAAGGGGUGGCAAGGCAGCCCGACACAGGAUCCCUGCAGCAUGCAAUUGCAGAAAACAAUACAUGUAUCUGUAUAUAUAUAUAUAUAUAUAACUAA